AUGUCUGCUCCCACUAUGAGAUCCACCUCAAUAUUGACAGAGCAUUUGGGAUAUCCGCCCAUCUCGCUUGUUGAUGAUAUCAUUAAUGCUGUAAAUGAAAUUAUGUACAAGUGCACUGCUGCCAUGGAAAAAUAUCUGCUAUCCAAGAGCAAAAUCGGCGAGGAAGAUUAUGGAGAAGAGAUCAAAAGUGGAGUUGCUAAGUUGGAAUCACUUUUGGAAAACUCCGUGGAUAAGAAUUUUGACAAACUAGAACUAUAUGUUUUGAGGAACGUCCUUCGAAUCCCUGAAGAGUAUUUGGACGCCAAUGUUUUUAGAUUGGAGAACCAAAAGGAUCUGGUCAUUGUAGAUGAGAAUGAGUUGAAGAAAAGUGAGGAGAAACUUCGAGAGAAAGUGAACGACGUGGAGUUAGCGUUCAAAAAGAAUGAAAUGCUAUUGAAAAGAGUUACAAAAGUGAAAAGACUGUUGUUUACGAUAAGAGGAUUCAAACAAAAGCUAAACGAGUUACUGAAAUGCAAAGACGAUGUACAAUUGCAGAAAAUUUUGGAGUCGUUAAAACCUAUAGAUGACACAAUGACUCUACUGACUGAUUCAUUACGUAAACUAUAUGUUGAUAGUGAAAGUACCAGUUCAACAGAGGAGGUAGAGGCACUACUGCAGAGAUUGAAGACCAACGGGAAGCAAAAUAAUAAGGAUUUCAGAACACGAUAUAUCGAUAUAAGGACGAAUAAUGUCCUACGAAAAUUGGGGCUACUAGGUGAUAAAGAGGACGAAAAACAGUCUGCCAAGCCGGAUGCGAGGACGCAAGCAGGGGAUAUAGUUAGUAUAGAUAUUGAAGAGCCUCAAUUGGAUUUACUUGAUGAUGUGUUAUAA